UAGCUUUAUUUCCUGUGGAAGGAGGAAGGGAGAGGCUUGCUAUCGCAAACUCGUCUCACAGUCCAUCGACCACAGAUACAAACACAUUAACCAUCUGGUCAGAGGACAAGACAGGACAGGCCGGGACGAGGAACGGCGAGCUGGACUACCUGCCCUCAUUUAGCCAUUUAUCUGUCCCGUUGUUGGUUGCAAGGGAAUCGCGUGUUUUCAGUGGGUUUUUUCUUCGUUUUUUUUUUUUUGAACCAGCUGAUUUCAAAGUAGCCACGAAACAAAGACUCCACAGACACGGACGAGAAACUGUACUGUUUAUCCGAACAUUGCAGGAAGUUUAUUCCAUUGCAAAUGCAAUUUUAAAAUAAAUAAAAUAACACAUGGUAGUUUGCUAAAUAGUCGCGGACACUUGUUAAGAUGGAUGUGAAGCUGCUCCUGUUUUCACUUCUUCUUGGACUCAGUAGGGCACAACAAGAUGGUAACGAGUGCACCAAGGCCUCAGCCCAGUCCUGUGGAGAAUGCAUUCAGGCCGGAGAAAAGUGUGGCUGGUGUAUAGACAAGGACUUUCUGAAACAGGGUGAGCAGAAGUCCACACGCUGUGAUGAGAUUGAAGCUCUGAUUAAGAAGGGCUGCUCUGAAACCAACAUACAAAAUCCUCGGGGGACUGUUAGUGUCAACAAGAACAAACCUUUAUCCGACCGCACGAAGGAUGGAGUAAAACUGAAGCCGGACGAGAUCACCCAGAUUCAACCACAGAAACUCACCCUAGACCUCAGAUCAGGUGAAGCUCAGAAGUUUAAUCUGACAUUCAAGAGGGCUGAGGAUUAUCCUAUAGAUCUCUACUACCUGAUGGACCUCAGCUACUCAAUGAAAGAUGAUUUAGAGAACGUCAAAAACCUGGGAACCGCCCUUAUGAGUGAAAUGCAAAAGAUCACAUCAGACUUCAGGAUUGGCUUUGGCUCCUUUGUGGAGAAAACUGUCAUGCCGUACAUCAGCACAACACCAGCCAAACUGCUAAACCCCUGCUCAUCAGACCAGAACUGCACCAGCCCGUUCAGCUAUAAAAAUGUGCUGAGUUUGACUUCAGAAGGAUAUCAGUUUAAUGAGCUUGUUAGCAAGCAGCAGAUCUCGGGAAAUCUGGACUCACCAGAGGGAGGGUUCGAUGCCAUCAUGCAAGUGGCUGUCUGUGCGAAUCAGAUCGGCUGGAGGAAUGUUACCCGUCUGCUUGUGUUUUCCACGGAUGCUGGAUUCCACUUCGCUGGAGACGGAAAACUGGGUGGCAUCGUGCUUCCUAAUGAUGGGAAAUGCCAUCUGCAAGAUAACAUGUACACCAUGAGCCAUUACUACGACUAUCCUUCGAUUGCACACCUUGUUCAAAAAUUAAGUGAAAACAACAUUCAGACCAUUUUUGCAGUAACUGAAGAGUUCCAUCCAGUUUACCAGGAGCUGAAAAACCUCAUUCCAAAGUCAGCUGUGGGAACGCUAUCCUCGGACUCGGGCAAUGUGAUAAACCUGAUUAUUGAUGCAUAUAAAUCUCUGUCCUCUGAGAUCAUUCUGGAGAACAAUAGGCUCCCUGAAGGUGUGUCCAUCUCCUACGUCUCCCACUGCAAGAAUGGAGUGAGCCAAGAAGGAGAAAAUGGACGAAAGUGCUCCAACAUCUCCAUUGGGGAUCAGGUGACGUUUGAAGUAUCGAUCACGGCUAAAGGCUGUCCAUCUAAUGACAAACCAGAGACUAUAAAGAUCAAGCCGCAGGGCUUCACGGAGGAGGUGGAGAUCGUCCUCAACUUCAUCUGUGAAUGUGCGUGUCAUAAAGGGGGAAUCCCGAACAGUUCGGAGUGUAGCGGCGGCAACGGUACCCUGGAGUGUGGAGCAUGCAGGUGCAAUGAGGGACGUAUCGGCAGACUUUGUGAAUGUAGUAAAGACGAGGUCAGAACAGAUGAUCUGGACGCGAACUGCCGCAUGGAUAACGGGACGGACAUCUGCAGCAACAAUGGGGACUGCGUUUGUGGAACAUGUGAGUGCAAGAAAAGAGACAACCCUGAGGAGAGAUACAGCGGGAAGUUCUGCGAGUGUGACAACUUCAGCUGCGACCGCUCCAACAACAAGCUCUGCGGAGGUCAUGGUCGUUGUGAAUGCCGAAAGUGUAUGUGUGACGCUAACUACACGGGCAGUGCGUGCGACUGCUCUCUGGACACCUCCACCUGUCUGGCCAGUAACAAACAGAUCUGUAACGGUCGGGGCACCUGCGACUGCGGCCAGUGCAAAUGUACCGACUUAAAGUUUCAGGGUCCAACUUGUGAAAUCUGCCCAACCUGCCCCGGAGUCUGUACUGAACACAAGGAUUGCGUCCAGUGCCGAGCAUUUGGUACUGGUGAAAAGAAAGACACGUGUAACGAACAAUGUAACAACUUCAUUCUUGUAAAGAAGAAGAAGAAGGAAGAACUUCCUCAGCCCAACGACCAGCCAUACAUCAAUCACUGCAAAGAGCGCGAUGCUAAUGACUGUUGGUUCUUCUUCACCUACGCUACUAAGAACGACAGCACCGUUGAGGUCCAUGUGGUAGAGGAACUUGAGUGUCCCUCUGCCCCUGACAUCAUCCCCAUCGUUGCGGGUGUGGUCGCAGGAAUCGUUCUGAUUGGUUUAGCACUUCUGCUCAUCUGGAAGCUGCUCAUGAUUAUUCAUGACCGCAGAGAGUUCGCCAAGUUCGAGAAAGAGAAGUCGAAUGCCAGAUGGGACACAGGUGACAACCCCAUCUACAAGAGUGCUGUGACAACCGUAGUAAACCCCAAAUAUGAGGGGAAAUGAUGGAGCUUCAGGAUGGCUUUCAGCAGUGGUUCUCAGAUGGUCUUUGUUUCAUCACCCAGAUUUUACAUCAGUGACCUAAUAGUAUCAUAAACAGCAUUUAAUGUAAUCUGGGACAGAUUUUGACUUUGGACCAAAAUACCCACUCAGCUGUCAACAACAGUUUUAUCCUCCCUUUUAAAUUUUUUUAUUUUUAUAGCCUAUGUUAAUAUUAAACUCCUCAUUUCCAGUGAGAUUAUGGUUUUCCAGAGCACAAGAAGAUUCACUAUUGAUUAUUAUUUUUGAAAAGUUUCUAUGAAGCCAAUAAAACAUUGUCAGGUUUAAUACAUACAA